AUGCCGGUCCCAUCGACAGUCCCAGAAAACGAGGCGCUGCCCUUGUCUCCUUCUCUACCGUCUCAAUCGUCUCCGAUCCACGGAUUUACUCCGACGGAAAUCUUGUUUCUUGAAGGACCAGUGACCGUCAGAGUCGGCGACAUCCUGUACUGGAUGCACCGGGAGGUCUGUACACGGCUACCGAGCAUCGCUGCUCAUCGGUCCGCUCCUACCGUCCCUUCUAGCGGGACACAGGCCGAACACUGGACCCGGCUAUCAUGUAUGCGACCGUUACAUUGCCCUUCGACUCGCAUCUACGAGCAUUUAUGUUUUGGUAUUUUCAUGGCCUUGGCUAACAGACACCAUGGUGACGGCGUCUGGGUCGGGAAAGGAAUGAAAAAAUACACGGAUGUCGAGCCGGAAGUCGAGCUAGACGUCCACUUUACACAACAAGGUUUCCCGCUCGUGGAGGGUAUGCCGGACGAGUUGAACAAUGUAGUAACUGCCGUGGAAAUGAAGACAACUCGUUCCAGCAACGACCCCAACAACAGGUCGUUGAUCAACGGCGGAACGAUGACGAAGGUAGCGAUGGAAAUUCGCGACCAGGUGAGUACGGGCGGGGCAACGUGGCUCCUCAAAUGGCUCCAUCCCGACAAGCCAUUCGUCAUCCACGGGUUUUCGGUUGCUCCCGCCCACCUCGCCCCCAUCACUUCCAACGGCAGCGAGUACAUCGCCAUCGGUUCCGAUGUCUUGGACAUCACCGACCGCUUCCCUGUUGUCGCGGAGAACAAAAGAAACUGGCUCGAGUAUAUCGACAAACUCGCCGCUUUCACUCUGGCCGUGGUCUAUUCGUAUGACACAGAUAUCGCAGACGCUGUGAACAGCCGCUUCCCGGACCAAAAGGGACAGAUCGACGCUUACGAGGCCUGGUUCUCUCUCGGAUUAAAAUUGCCUCCCGCUUCGAGCAUUCACGAAUCUAUCGAGAACAUUGUCUUUGUAUAUUCUCGUUGGGGCAUCACAAUUGUCGUAAAAGUAUUCGGAAAUCCGACGACGUAUGCCAACGAACUCUUAUGUUACCGUCGUCUGGAGAAACUGCAAGGUGCAGGAAUUCCAGUGCUCUACGCCACUGGCAGUGUGGGUACACGACCCUGCCUUGUGCUGUCGUACGAAGGCCAGAAACUUCGAGAAGAUCCUACCGAAGAAGAGAGAGCCGCUCUCCAACCAGUUAUCGAUCACAUGCACCAAUUGAAGGUUCACCAUCACGACCUUCACCCACAGAAUGUCGUUCGAAACGGGGACGGCAAACUUACUCUCAUCGAUUUUGGCUUCUCGGGGCCCUGUACGAGAGGUGGUGACUGCAGCGAUGAGUGGGAACUGGAUAACUACUAUUGA